CGCCCUUCUGCUUUCUGUGGAUUUUCGUUAUCUGUGGUGACGUGCGCCCAAGGCCGGAAGGUGUGCGGUUCUUCGUUAUCGAAAAUAAAUUAUUUUAUUAUUUUUCUAUAACUUAUCUUAACAUGCGAUAGUUCCGUGCGAAAUACGUUACUUAAGUUUUAGAGCGUUCGUGUGAAAUUUUCGCAUUUCAACGGCAACAUAUCUGUGAAUUAAAGCGACUGGGAUAGGGAAUCACCGGUUCCCGACGUAAACAUUUGAAUUUCUUGGAUUUCUUCAUGUGUGAUGGGAGAUAGUGACUGGAGACCGUUUAUUUACGGCGGCCUUGCGUCGAUCGUCGCCGAAUUUGGUACAUUCCCAAUAGACACAACAAAGACUCGUCUGCAGAUCCAGGGUCAGAAGAUAGACCCUCGCCAUGUGGAGCUCCGAUACACGGGCAUGGUCGACUGCUUCGUCAAGACUUCCCAGCAGGAGGGGAUCAAGGCAUUGUACUGCGGCAUCUGGCCAGCUGUCCUCCGACAAGCGACCUACGGCACGAUAAAGUUCGGCACAUACUACUCGCUGAAGUCCUGGAUCGCGGCGAACCGCGCUGAUGGUGGCUCCAUCGAGCACCUCCCCACCAACACCUUCUGCGCGGCCUUCGCAGGAGGCCUGUCCAGUGCCAUAGCAAACCCCACUGAUGUGCUUAAAGUUAGGAUGCAGGUAGGCGACGAGAAGCGCGGUCUGGUCCGCUGCUUCGGCGAGAUCUACCGGCUGGAGGGGGUGCGCGGGCUGUGGCGCGGCGUGGGCGCCACGUCGCAGCGCGCCGGCGUCAUCGCGGCCGUGGAGCUGCCCGCCUACGACGCCUGCAAGAAGCGCCUCACGCCCGCGCUCGGCGACUCGCCUCUUAAUCACUUUGCGUCCAGCCUCAUCGCCAGUCUAGGGAGUGCUGUGGCUAGCACGCCGCUUGAUGUUAUACGGACGCGGCUAAUGAACCAAAAAAAAUUGAAAGGUCAGGUGGUCAAGUCUACUGAGACGAUAUACAAAGGCACGAUAGACUGCUUCCUACAGACGGUCCGCAACGAGGGUUUCCUGGCACUAUACAAGGGCUUCGUGCCGACAUGGCUGCGCAUGGGACCUUGGAACAUCAUCUUCUUCCUCACCUACGAACAGCUCAAGAUCCUCUACUGAACUGUGACCUAGUCAUAUUGCCUGGGAAUGUACGGCAGCUGAUGAUAUGAUGAUGACGCUGAAUAAAGCUAGUCAGCGGGUCGAGAUGAGUGAGCUUAUUGUUCGUAGUUAUAGCGACUGCACAUAACUGAUAUACAUACUAUCUACCUAUAGCUAUACUAUCCUCGUCACCACAAACAAUAGACAAGUAGAAGUAGAAAUAUGGGGGUACACUGAAGACUUAUUCAAUCCCCUCCACUAGUAAUGUUAGACCAAUAGCGAAUUUAGACCUUAAAACAGUCGAUAUAAAGCACCUUUUUGAAUCAAUGUACAGAAUAUAACGAAACUAGAAAGUAUAGGUGUCGCUGCUUAAUAGUAAGGGUUAUUUAAAAUUAUUGAAAGAGCUUUUGUAGGUUAUUUUAUGUUAAAAUCGUGCAGAAACUCGCUUUAUUUAUUGAGGUUCCUUCUUAGAUUUUAAGUUAAAGGUUUUGUGAUAAGUUGUCAUUGUAUUAUACAGAAUUUUUAAUAUGCUAAAAUUAUGUUGAAGUUGGUUCAGUUGUUGGGAGAUCUGUGUAUAAUACUGAUGUACUAUUUCCGAUGGGAUUUAAGCGUAAAAGUAGUGAUGUCUACUCACUUAGUAAUUAAGCGUAGUUUACACUAAUCUGUAUAUUUUAUACGUGUUGAUGUUAAUUGUUGACUUUUGUGAAUGUUUAUCUUCGAGAAAUAUCUUCGUAUUUCUGAUUGUUAUGGCACACAAACGCUGUAUGUGUGUACUUAUGUAACCAACGCUAACUUGUAUGACAUUUAAUGAUGCUUUUAAUUAUAAGCUGUGGUGCAGAGUGUUGUGUCAUUUUGUGGUUUGUGAACGGUAAGGACUGAAAGUCUAAAGCCUGAGAUGAUGAUGAUGAUGUGGUGAUGAUAGACAUAUCAUGAGCGAAUGAGAUUAAAGCACGCAGUGCUGACUUUUAGACGAAUAUUAUUGUUAAUAUUAUCGGUUUUUGUACAGUUAUUUUGUAGUUAUUAUGUGUUGAUCUAUGAGCCUUAAAGCCUUUUAUAUGUGAUUGUAUUGUCAUAAACUGGCAUGACUAUGAUCAUAAGCUUGUAAAAUAAAUUUAAUAUUGAAGCCAUAGAGAGAUGGUUGUACAACUACACUGGCCAUUAAAAUAUUUUCUAUAGCGAGACAUAUAAAAUGUUGCAUUUUUAAAUACAUUGUAUGAUUUUUGGGGUAUUCUUGAACAUUUUUGUAAAUACAAACGAUGAAGAGAAGAAAAAGUGGUUGUAAAGAAAACUUUUUAGAUUUUAAGUAGAACAUUUUUAUUUAUACAAUGUUUUAUUUUGAAAGUAACUUUUAAUAUUUUUAUCCUUGUACGUUCAAAGUUCUUUUCUUCAAAUAAAAUUUCUAUGUUUGUUAAAUAAAGCAUUUUUCCUUGAUAAAGAAAUAGAUCUUUAAAAUACUUUGGGCCAGCUCUCAGUUUUCCAAGGCUGUUUAUAAGACAACAUUUUAAAUAAUCAAUACAAAUUAAGCAAGUGUUGCCCACUUCGCAAGUCACGAAGUAAGGUCAAGUACGCAAGUCUAUUGAACUCUAUUUCAAUGUAAGCUAUGUUGAUAUUCCCUUUGGCAUAGAAUGCCGCUUCGGUAAGUGUUUUCUGGCUCUAAGUAUGUAUACCUAUGUAUGAAUGUAUGUAAAUGUCGUGUGAAACACUAAAUAUAGAAGCUUACUGUGAAUAUACACUAGGUACAAAGAAUUAGCCAAAUUAAUAUAAUCCAAAUAUACACACUUGUAUAGUA